UUAUUUUCGUAAACAAACGGUUCUCAUAGGCUCCGGGUAAUUUAUUUCAAACACCAGUAGAUACAUUCCGUCAGGGUUGAUGAGAUUUAAAACGUCAUGGAAGAAAAUUGCUAAUUUAGGCCCGGUGCUAACUUUACAGACAUGCCUGACGUCACAACACAUAGUUAAACAAGUCGAGACGGUGUCAGGAACCAUUGCAACUCUGACUUGCGAUUUCACACCUUCAGGGACAAAGUAUGCUCAGGCUUCAGAAGCGCUUGGCGUCCAGCGUCAUGGGCUGUGGCAAGAAGAAAGUUUGGCUGGACCCAAACGAGACCAAUGAGAUUGCCAAUGCCAACUCACGCCAGCAGAUCCGCAAGCUGGUGAAGGAUGGUCUGAUUAUCAGAAAGCCUGUGACAGUGCAUUCCCGUGCCCGCUGCCGCAAGAACACGCUGGCGCGCCGCAAAGGCCGUCACAUGGGCUACGGUAAGAGGAAGGGUACUGCCAACGCCCGUAUGCCCGAGAAGCUGAUGUGGAUGCGGCGCAUGCGCAUCCUACGCCGUCUCCUCCGCCGCUACAGGGAGUCCAAAAAGAUUGACAGGCACAUGUACCACAGUCUGUACCUGAAGACCAAGGGUAACGUGUUCAAAAACAAGCGCAUCCUGAUGGAGCACAUUCACAAACUGAAGGCAGACAAGGCUCGCAAGAAGCUCCUGGCCGACCAGGCCGAGGCUCGCCGCACAAAGACAAAGGAGGCUCGCAGGCGCAGAGAGGAACGUCUCCAGGCCAAGAGGGAGGAGUUCCUCAAGAACUUGGCCGAGGAGGAUGAAGCUGGCAAAUAGCGACUGCAUCUCUGCUUUUGUUAUUAAUAAAUGGGGUUAAUGUUACCACAUGUUGGUCAA